AUGCAGCCGGACUAUACCACUUCAAACCACUGGCCACCUCUCUCACAGAAUUGUUGGCUGUACCAGCCAACCGUCGCUGCUCCAUCUUACUUUUCCAUGGCAGAGUUUCAUCCGGAUACCGUGAUAGGUGCGGGUCGUUAUUCCGACCAGAUGGUUCUGAAUCCACCAGGAGAUAAGCCAGCGACUCGAACAAGCCAUCUCAGUUCAUACCGAAACUCAUCCACAAACUACCAAACACCAACCAGUUAUCUACCUUCCCCUGGGAAUACCUUCUACCCAGCUCGCGGUCCGAUACGCCAAGAUCUCCUAUCUUCCCCAGCAGACCCUUACCGAAUCCUCGAACGUGGAACAGAAAAUUCGCAAUACUCCUCCUUCAACUCGUUGCUGGAGCGGAACACCGACUUAGCAACUAACAAAGGUUAGCCACAUAUUAUUGCUACCUAUCCUCAUUGAAGAAAACGGUCGUGUAUAAUAUCUUUGAUGCUUUUUCUAAUGUUUUGUUUAUAAACCCAUUAUCUGGUACAAGUUUGCCCAUAAAAUGUAUUAUACCAGGCGAGAUUAGCAAAUGGAUUAAUUUAUAUCACCACACGUUGGGAAAAAUUGUGUUAUGAGACCAUCGCUACGGGAAUAAACAUAAUUCUAUCUAUGCAUAGUUGAGCUGAAAUCCCAGGGAAACAGUUUGUCGGAAACUUCACCAGUACUUCAAUAAAAAAUGAAUCUCUUUAUGAUCAUCAGACAUCUACUGAAAAAGCAAGUCGUUUACGUCUCAUCAAAAUCAUAAAUAACCAUUCAAAUCCAUUCAUUUCUUCUCUGGAUAAUAAAGUUCUAGGAACACAGGAAUUGUCCUCAAUUGUUAGUGACAACUCAUUAUGCCCUUAUAAUUGGUAUUGAAUCAGUAGGCGUCAUCUCUGAUCAGUGGUCCCGAACGUAGGAGAGCAAAUGAAAUCUUUACUCCUUUUCUGGGGGGUGUGGGAAUUUUUUCCUUGAAACUAUUUGGCAUAAAAUGUUUUCCAGAACAUAAAUUGUAAUUUUUUUCUCUUCUUUCCCUUUUAUUUUGUUUUUAACAAAACUGUUCAUUCUAACAUGGUGACGUGCACCAUCAAGUUGAGCUAUACGAACAGCCACAUAAAAAAUUUUAAACAGAGUGAAAAAGAUCACAAACCCGUUUUGAUAAACACGGGUUUUCCUAUUUCUCAUGACACGGUGCACAUUCGAAUGCGUUACAGGGGGAAAAUUCUCUCUCACAGCACCCUAGUGCCACGUAACUUUUUUUUUAUCGAGCUAAGUUGAAUUUUUCUAAGAAAUCAUUUAGGGGUUUUUGUGCCAACAAGACAAAAGAAUCAGUAAUUUCAAAAAGGCUUCUAGUAAUAUAAUGAAUAUGAAUCCCAUAAAAAUGCCAAACCUGUCGCUCAUUAAGUGGCAUUGUGGAAAUAUGCCCUUGAAAAAUUGAACCUAUACAAUAAAAAUUGUACAAUACUUGUGAAAAAUACUUCGUGGCUGGUAUGACGUGGCCUUUCGUCUCGGCAAAAAGACUCCUGAACUUUCGGAAUUUUCAAGAAAAUCGUUGAGCAUCGCGCUUUAAGUCCCCGGUUAACGAAUUCAAGAUGUUUGUAGUCCGCUAGCCCUCUAUCCAAGAGGGAUUUCCAACAACACAUUCACGAUUAACAAUUUAUACACAAAAAAAAAGUUGUCCAAUCUAUAGAAUUGUCAAAAAAGAUACUACGUGACUGGUAAAAAAUUGAAUAACUAUACUUUUAAUCACGAGGUAAACGUUUUAAAUCUAUAUUUUUCAAAAUCGUUGAAAGAAAAUGUCGACAAAUUUCCCCUUUCAGUUUGUUAUACAAAUUUUUCAUCGUUCGCCCAUUCUUUUUCAGCGACAAGAAGUCUUACAAAUUGUAGGUUUAUAACGAAACAUUUGAAUCGAUGACUUCUACAAUUCCCUUGGUUGUGUUUGAAAUACCAAAUUCAAUUCAAUACGUUCAUUUCUAAGGCGUUUUUGGAAAGAAAAAAAUUGAUAUCCGAUAAUUGUUUUUGUCAGUAUCCCCUCCAAGUAAACUCUUUACAUUUAGGUCUCGAAGAUAGAACACUAAAAAAGAAGUUUUCCAGUCUUACCACAGGAGGGUUAAAAUUGGAGAAAAAGGUUGGAAAAGUUUAAAAGAUUUUUGAUGUAAUCAAAUUUUAAAAUAUCAAAUACAAGAAAGUUUCGACCUUCAUCAUAAUCCUUUUAAUCCAGUAGCUAAUACCUACUAUUAUUUGACCACCCACAACUAAUUGCUAACAUCGCACCGUUUCAUGCGCUGCAGAAAUAGGAACACCGCUAACUUUCACCAACCCUUUAACUCUCAGAAAUGAUUGACGUGUAACUUUUCCCUAUGAUAUUCAGGCAUUAUUCAGCAAACAGGCUAUGAGAAUACUCAAACGUAUCAGGUAGAAGUUGUUACGAUGGCCUAACACCAACUUCUCGUAACUAAUCUGAAAGGAAAUGUGUAGCAUCUAGGAGGGAGAGUUAAGGAUAAGAUAUUGGGAGUUUAAUGGGUUAUAUACUCAAGGAACAUACCUGAGUGUGAGACUUGUUGUCUACAUUACAUUUUUUUGUAAUGAUAAAACAUGGAAAAAACGCAAUAAGAACUCAAAUUUAAAUUUUUUUAAUAAAUGGGCUUUGUGUCACCACUGAUUAAUUUUCCAGAGAAACGUUUGGUAAAAGUCUAUUGUUCUGUUCCGAACAACUGUCUUAAAACAAGAAAAAGAGAUUAGUUUAUCUGUUCAUGUUCUCUUGUUAAAAACCAUGUCAUCCAAGGAUGCACGUGAACAACAAUACUGAAAAAAAAAAAAAAAAAAAAAAAAAAAAAGAAAAUCCAGUCGUGCAUUUGAUAUUCAUUUCUGUAAUGAAAUAGGUUUUAAUUGAUUUUUAAAACUUUUAGACUCCUUUCUUACGGGUUCCCCUCGCUUGGAAGAGAGCUCUUCCCUUGCUCUUGACGACAAGGUGACCAGGCCACAAAGAGGUCGUACCGUCUUUUCUGCUCAUCAACUGCACGAGCUAGAGAAGGUUUUCAUCACUGAUCAGUACAUCUCUGGGCAACAAAGACGACGUCUUUCUGCUCUACUCGGCCUGACCGAGACACAAGUGCGAGUUUGGUUCCAGAAUCGGCGAAUCAAAUGGAGAAAGAACAGAUUGGAACGAAAGAUCAAAAUGUAACGAGUCCUUGUGGAUGGAAGUGUCUUAAAGAGUAAAGCUAAGGACUGGAUUAAGAGGAAUAGAUAGAAGAACAAAUAGACUGUCACACAUAGAUAUCAAAAUCGUUUAGACUUAAGGUGUGGAUUCAAUGUGUCUAACAGAGGUUUGUCAAAAAAGGAAACUUCCUUUAAAAGUAUAGAUAACAUUGUGGUUAAGAUUGUCGCUGUGUUGUUAUUGCUGUCAAUAAUCUUGCUUGCAUCUUAACAAGUUGAGCGACUUUUGUCCACGAUUACUGAGUAGACUCGAGGUUGGCCCAGUGACAUAAAUGCAGAAUUUUGGGGGUAGAUGUAUAGAAUCUUUAGGAAAUCACUGCGAUAUUUUGAAAGCUCGUUGAUAUUAGGAGCUCUUCCCGCCCUUCAUUCUUAUAACUUAAACGAGGACAUGAGCAAGAGUGUGAAUCUCGUUGUCUAGAACCUGAACAUUUUCACUGUCUCUAUUUCGACAGAGACACUUUUAAACACAGGAUGUCUCUAACAUAGUUACCAACCCCUAGGAAAAUGAAAGUAAAUUCUUAGUGUUUCGAAUAGUUAGUUUUCAGGUGUAAAUAUAUAUAAAAAGAAGUUUAAGAAGUUUUCCGAAACUUCUGGAGAGAUAAGUGUGUUUUAUUGCAGCUUACUUUUUGACUUGAUUGGUUUAUGAAUUGUUAUGUACUCAAAGGAAAUGACUGGUUGACUGCUGAUUGACAGACUUAAUGGUUGAGUGACAUAUUGAAAGAUUGAAAGAUCAAUCGGUAGUUAUAUUGAUUUAUUGACUGCUUGGAGUUUAAGCUAAAAUAAAAUAAAAUAAAAUUGCAUAAUUGAAGUAGAAACCUGG